AUGGCGAGAUGUGCUGUAAUUGGUGGCGGUUUGUCAGGCCUUUCAACAGCAUAUUUACUAUCGCGUCUGCCGCAGAACCAGGUUGGAUAUAUCACCGUUUACGAGAAAAACGCCAAACAAUUUGGCGGUUGCUUCUUAACCGGCCAAAAUCCAAAUACUGGAGCUUUGCAUGACCUCGGUCCACACAGCGCUCGUGUCGCUGUCCCUUCAUCAAGUCCUCUCCUACGCCUGAUCUCGAGUCUCGGAUUCACUCGCAAUGAAAUUUUCUGGCUGCCUCCUUUAAAACGCUAUAUUUACGCCGCCGGAGCACUUAGACCAAUUAAUCUUUUUUCAAUUAAGACAGAAUCACCGUUCACGCGCUCACAUUUGGCUCUAUUCAUUCGACGAGCCUUAACUAGGGGUCCGGGUCCUCUCAUUGACGAUGUGUCUGUUGAUGAGUACCUUAGAACUCGCUUUGAUGAUGAAUUCGCGGAUUUCCUAGGAAGUGCACUGAUGCGCGGUGUCUGUGGAGUUGAUUCCAAAUUAGUUAGCGCCUCAGCCUUCCUAAGCUACUUGAUUCGAUGUGAAAAGGAAGCUCCGAAUGUGAUCAUUGGAGCUGUCAAGAAUAUGACGAUGGGUAAAAUGCGUUCUCUGUACCCCAAUAAAGCGAACGAUGUUUCGCUUCAUGCUCUUGAUAGUCUUCUCUCACCAGUGAGCAAAGACAUCGUUCAAUCCUCAAAUACAAGUGUUUUCAACUUUGCUGGUGGAAUGCAGAUGCUCACAGACCGUCUUGUUAAGGCACUGAGUGAACAGCCCAAUGUGACACUCCUGAAGGGAUCUUGCGUUCGCGCACUUCGUCGUCGAGACAACCGCUACUUUCAGCUAGAUUUGGUUAAAAAUGGAUUUACAUCACCUUACAAAGUAGAGUCCGAUGCCGUCUUUAUUUGCACACCUGCUCAACAAAUGGGUCUGAUUCUAGAAACCGAACCCUUUAUUCCUCUCACUGUGACAAAACUUCUGAGCCCUCAAGUCUUUCCCUCUGCUAGUAUCGGCGUUGUGGCUUUAGAAUUCGAGAUUUCUAACACAGAGCUUCCUCGUGGCUUUGGACACUUGUUGCCGUUGACUGAAGAUGAGACUGUUAUGGGUGUUGUCUAUGAUAGUCUCGCUUCUCCAUUAAUGGAUGGGAAGAUAAUAAAGAAUGAGACACAGAGAACUACUCGCUUUACAAUUAUGCUCGCGCCACGAACCUCAUGGUUAGAAGCCACUUCUGGCAAGACUUCCUUCAAUCUCGAGCGUGAACUUCGCGAGAAAAUGAUCAAAAUCGGUGUCAGUGCUUUAAGAAGACAUCUGAAUUUACAGCUGAAGGAGCCAUGCUUCGCGCAUGUGGGUAUAUGGAACAAUACCAUCCCAACCUACCCGGUCGGUCAUUUGAAAAAUGUACAAGCAAUUCGCAGUGCCAUUAAAGACCGAUUAGGUUCUGAAUCCAGUGAAACCUUGCAUCUUGUUGGGAGCGCUUUGGAUGGAGUUGGUGUUAGUGACUGUGUCGCAAGCGCCGUGAAAGCUGUAUGCAACUUCUCCAAGCGAUUCACUACAUAA